UGUCGCGCCCCGCGCCGCCACGCCCUAUUUCCUGUCGCACCCCGCGGCGCCAUGGCGGGGUCUUGGGGGCGGCUGGCGGCGGCCCUUCACCCCCAAACCUCUUCCGUCUCCUCGGUGCUGCGUGCUCUCCGCCGCCCCCAUCCCCUCGCCCCGCGCCACCAGAUGGAGUUGCUGCUGCUAUUACUGGAAUUCCCCCGGGAGCUGUGCGGGGGUCCUGGGGGGGUCCCGGCGGUGUGUGGGGCUCUGCUGGAGCUGCUGAUGCUGCCCCACACCCCUCCGGGCCCUCCCCGCGCUCUCCUCCUUCUGGCCACCGUCACCAUCCUGCUGGCCACCGGCGCGGAGGGGUCCCUGGGAGUCGCCCCCUUUGUGGCCCUGCUGCUGCAGGAAGUUGAGGGGGUGCAGCGGGGGGGGGCCCCGGCGGCAGCAGCUGAGUGCCUCCGGGAACUGCUGAGGGCUCGGGGGCCGGGGGACCCCCCCAGGAUGUUGCCCCCCGGUGCUCGGAGGUCUCUGCUGGGUCGCUUGGCCGUGGCCUCUGCUGUGCAGCCCCUGGUCCUGCUGCUGGCAGAAGAUCCUGAUGAAUCCUGCCACACUGCUGGAGCAGAUCCUGGGGCAUCCCCUGGCACUGCCACAUUGACCGCAGCGGGUCCUGGUGAGCCUCACAUCACCAGGGGACUGAGCUCCAGUGGAUUCCAGCGCGCCACUUCACUGGAUCCUACAGAUCCCCAUGACGCAGCACUUACAGAUCCUGGGAAUCCCCUCUGCAUAGCACCACUGGAUCCCAAAGAUCCCCAUGGCACAGCACUGCGGGAUCCAGCCAUUUUCCUUCAUGACACCUUACCAGAUCCCAGGGAUCCCGGUGCCACUGCUUCAUUGGAUUCUAGGGAUCCCAAUGACACAGCACCACAGGAUCCCAGGGAACCCCAUGGCACCCCCUCACCAGAUCCCGGCCCCACCCCUCCCCGCCGCCUCCUUGCCCAUUCCUUCCUCCUGACGCCUGCAGCCCAGGCCCAGCUCCUGUGGGUGCUGAGGGGCACCGAGGGGGCCCCCCCGAGCUCUUCCCCAGUUCUAAACCAACUGCUGCCCACUGCAGAGCCGGCGCUGCUCCACGCCGCUCUGUGGGGGUCCCGGGACGGUCUGUGCCCCAUCCCUGCCACCCUCCAGCAUCGCUUGGCUUCCUUAGCCCAGCACCCAGCGCUGCACCCCUCCUUGCGCCUCUUCUUCCUCCUCUGCCUCGGCACCCCCCCUGUGCCCCCCCUGCCCCCCCACUUGGCUGCUAGCCUCUUCCCCACCUGUGCUGAUCCCCCCGAGCUCCUCCUGCCCCACUUUGAGCUGGCGGCUGCUGCUUGCUCCAGGGGGGGAGAUGAAGGGGAGCGAGGAAGCUGCUGGCUCCAGGCUUUGGUGAUGAGGUUGGCAGCAGGGGGGGGACCUCCUGGUGUUUUCUGCCGGGCGAUGGUGGCCUUAUCUAAGCACUUGGGGGGCAGUGGGGACCCCCCUGUUGAGCUGGCUGCGGCUGCCACUGCUUUGCUGCUGCGGUGCCCCCACUUCACCCCCCAGAUUUUAGAGGCAGCGGGAGGGGCAGGUGGCUGGGGGGGGGCUCUGGGGGCCGCUUUGCGCCAAGGCGUGCUGGGGGCACCCCUCCCCCAAAAUGAGGGAGGGUUACGGGGGUACCUGAGAGUACUGGCGCAAGCACCUGGCCCCCCCAGGCCCAAAGCAUGCAGCCGUUACCUGCGGCGUUUAGCUGCCCAGUGGGGCAGGGGCGGUGACUGGAGGGGGGGGCAGGGAGUGCUGAGCGCCACUGCUCCCCUCCUGCCCCAUGGAGCUCCUCCGUUAACCCCACAAACCAUCGGAGGGGGGGAUCUCGAUGUCAGUGACCGGGCUGGGCUUCACGCUGCCUUAACAGCUGCUUUGGGUCCCCCCAAGUUGGUCACCAUCUUGGCUGCCCCCCCACUCCACGUGCCCCCGCCUCGGGUGAUCGCAGAAGGAGGGGUCUCAGCUCUUGGCCUCCGCUCAGUCCUCCCUCCUUUCUGCCUCCAUCGCCUCCCCGUCCCCCCACCGCCACUCCCGCCUCCUUUUGGGGCCCCUCCGGAUCCCCGGGGUUACGGGAGGGCAGUGGCACGAGGGGGAGCGGCGGGGGGGUUGCAGCUUUGCCUCCGCUUGGAGCCCCACAACGUGCCCUCCCCUCCCCCCCUCUGGGUUCUGGCGCUGCUGCUGCAGGUUGGGGGGGCACAGGGCCGCUUGGUGAGGUUGGGGCCAGGGGGCGCGGAGUUAGGGCUCACCCUGCGCCCCUCCCGUGCCCUUCCCCCAGUUCUCCCAGUCAGCGCUGUUUUCAGCUCAUUGGGGGGCGCAGUAGCUGUUGCCUCUUUGCCCCCCCUGCCUUUACCCGUGAUGGCUCAGCUGCGACCUUUGGCCGUGCCCCCCCCUUGGGACGCCGCCAGGCGACGCCGCAUGUUUGAUGCUAUGUGGGAGACCCUGGGGGGAGGGCCCGAAACCAGGGUGGUUUGGGAAGGGGGCCCCCCCCCAGCCACCCUCACUCCCUUCGUGUUGGAUGAAGGGGACAAAGAUGGGGGGUGGGUAGCAGCCGCCUCAUUGCCCCCCCGUGGCCUGGCCCUGCUGUGGGGGCGGGAGGGGCAUGUGGACGUGCGGUGCCAGCGCUGGGGGGCUCUGAUUCCUUUGGCCCAGUUAUUGCGGGGGGAGGGCUGAGGGCAUCCCCCUCCCGUGUUGUCCCCAACCGUCCUCAGUGUGUUCCCACCCCCCAAACACGAGGAGUGCAGAGCCGACGUCGGUCUGCUGUCUGUCUGUCCUGGGUGGGGGGGAUUGUGAGUUCCAUGAGGCUGGAAGGAAACGGACCUCGGGGGGUGAUGGUGAGGGGACUUAAGGGGGAGUCCAAGAGAGAAUAAACGGGGAUAGAGGUGGUUCCAUGAGGCAUAAAUGGGUCUGGGCGGUUUUGCAUGAGGUAUACAGUUCUUUCUAAAUGGGAAUGAUACGGAUUGGAGUGCUGGACUAUCUGCUGCAUCAGGAAUUGGCUGAAUGCUCGCAGUCAGAGGGUUGGGGUCCAGGGGAGACUGGCAAAGAGCAGAGUCUGUAUCGAGACCUUCAACGCCUUUAUCAGCAACACCGGCAGUGGAUUCAGCGCCUUUAUCCCCCCAAAUCCAACUUUUUCACCCCCCAAAUCCCAUGUUCUGACUCCCAAAAUCCCCAUUAUUAAAUCCCAUUUUUCACCCAAAUCCCCCUUUUUCACCACAAAAUCCCAUCGCUGGCUGGCUGGACCCCCAAAUUCCCCUUUUUAAAACACCAAACCUCCAUUUUAUACCCCCCCCAAAUCCCCACUUUUAACCCAAAUUCGAGUAUGGGAACUGUCCUAUCCCAGCCUGAGCUGUUGAUUUCGCACCUGGUGAGGGGUGUGGCCAGCCCUGCCCGCACAGGUGGAGCCAUUCAGGUGGGAUUGGAGGGGUGGAGCCCGGCUGCAUCUCUCCCUGGGCUCAUUUAAGGGCUCGCAGCCGCAGGGGCUGCACUUGUUCCUGGAGACUGCUUCCUUUGUAGUGUGGGGUGAGCCCUGGUUCUCAGGAAGGGGUAUGUAAUUUUUUCUUUACUUUGGGGUCGGGUUUUCUGUCUUUUCUGUGGGAUCUGAGCCUACUUUUAAGCAGCUGUAUCUGCUGUGUGUGUCCGUACAAUGCCUUUCAGUUCCCUGAAGGAGAUAAAGGGGUUAUUUCCCUUUCGCUGAUCUCGUGAUGGAAGGAGUGAUGUACAUUUCUUUCUUUGACUACAGUCUCGUUUCUGGAAUGCUUCAAUUAACCUCUAGGUAGUGCUGUUUAGCUGACAGUGCAUUGCAGCUCUGGGAAUGGCUCAAGCUGCUGCCCUGUUCAACAAAACUGUUCUGUGUUCUCAGGAUCCUGUUUGCAGCUGUACUUCUAAUCUUGCUUCCUUUUGCUGGAGCCUCUGUUCUGUCUUUCAUGGUUCUUACCUUGCAUCUCCACCCUGGGGCUCCGGACUCAGUUUCUCUGCUCCCACACUGUCCCAGCCCAUUUUGUGAUUGCAGGGAACAGUGCCGUGCAUUCAUGCCACCCAUGCAGAGAGUUGUUUAAGGCCUUUCUGUGCAUCGUGAUCAUGUACUAAAUUACUU